AUGGUUCGUGUGUGGUACAGCAAAUAUCAAAUGGGUCGACAAUUUCAGUGGCGAAAUUAUCGAAAGAUGGCAUUUCAAUUAUUGUCAAUAUCUGUUCUUUAUUUUUUCCUUUGUUGGCCAUCAUCCAUUCUGUAUAUGGCUUAUACAUUCGGUCUACCAAAUGACAUAGGUUUCGAUUACUUUUUAAACUCGUUUUAUUUUACCUAUUUCAUAAUGUUACUGACUCCUUUUGCAUCCAUUAUUUCAUCACCUGAACUUCAAGGAAAACUUCGAUAUCUCACUCGAUUUACUCGACGAGAAAGACAUAGAAUUGUUCCUGCAACAAUUAAAAUGCACAGAGAAGAAGAUCGACAAUGUGUUAAAGGAACAGGUACUGUUCAAUAA